CUCCAACACCCAAGGCUCAGCGGAUGCUACCUUUAGAGACCUAUCGGAAUCGACACUAAUAACCUAUGCUCUCCAGCAGGUGACAACAGAAGGCGACGCUCAAUCUCGAUUUGAAACCCUCAAGAAACGUCGACCGGAGGAGAAGAGGAAGGCCAUCGAACAAGGUCUGAUGAAUCCCGAUCAUGCCAUCGCUAUUCAAGACCGAGUCCCUAUCCGAGGGACAUGCGAAGACAUGUGUCCUGAAUAUGAGAGGGUCCGGCGUCAGGCCCAAGACGAUAUGCAACCUCCAGAGUUUACCCUUCAUGGCCCCCGCCGAGACCGAAAACCAGACGAGGCACGCAUGGUGAAGGCGUUUGCACGAUCUGCGGCUGGUAACGAGGCUCAGCUCCCGUCGGAUAUUCGGACGCCACAAGCAUGCAUGAAAGCACUGGCCUUCAUGUUCAAGCGGGUCGAUUCAGAGGGAAUGCGCUUUAUGAACAAGUACAUCUGGGACCGCACCAGGGCCAUCCGCAACGAUCUUUACAUGCAGGAUGGCAUCACCAAACCGCAAGAUGUCAAGACCAGGCUAGACUGCUUUGAGCAAUGUGCUCGAUGGCACAUUGUCUCUCUUCAUACCAUGGCAGCAAUGGAUGACACCAACUACAGCCACCAACAAGACCUAGAACAGCUUCGAGCGACGCUCGUCACUUUAAAGGAAUACUAUGGGCAGCACCGCGUCGCUAAAACAGUCUGCGCGAAUGAGGCGGAGUUCCGCUCUUAUAUGCUGAUCUCGGGAGCAAUGUCCGAAGUCGAGCUUCAGAGUCUCCCAUCGCACAUCCAAGUGCAUCCACGAAUCCAAACGGCGCUGAAGAUCGGUCGUACCGCAAAUGAAGCCCUAGCAGCACGCGGACAGACUUUCGCUGUUGCGCGGAAAAACUGGCAAGCAUUUUGGAGCCUUAUCAAGUCUUAUGCGGUGUCCUAUCACCUAGCAGCUGUAUCAGAAACCUUCUUCUUGCCAGUUCGAGACAUGGUCUUGACGUCGUUAUUCAAGGCUUGCCGUAGGGCAGGUGGAACACAAUCCGAGGACUGGACAAUUCCUCACCUAAUCGACAUAUUAGGAUUCGAUACCGCGGACGAGGCAAUCCAGUUUUGCGAGGCCUAUGGAUUUUCUUUCGGAACCGACGCAAGCGGCGACCAUUUCCUAGAUCUUGCGUCU